AUGCAGCGUCAUGACUCGAGGGUUUGCCUUUUCGACUUACUCGCUGAUGAUAAUCAGUUAGCCGUCGAGAUCGUUGCCUCCGAAUGGCUCGCGCGAUAUACCUCGAACUGGAAACUUGCGCUCGCAGAGUUAUAUACAUUGUUAGCAAAGGCUGGAAGCUGUAUCUUUACGGUGACGGUGCAAGACUUCGAACAAUUGAGUGCUGAAGGUAUCGGAGCACGCGUGCUGUCUGAUAUGAUGGCUGGAAAUUUUCUCGAUGAUAAUCCUUUGGAUUUCCAGUCAACGAAAUCACCGAAGCGGCAGUUCAAACACUUCCGGACCACUUACUUAGAGUUCUGGGAUAGUAUCGUCAAAGUUUGUGACGAUAAUGGCGCAUUUAACAUGGGCAGACAAUCGCAAGAAAAUAUUGAAGUAGGGGCCGUGGAUAAUCCCACAACCCUUUUUGACUGCAUCACAGACAUGCUCGCUGUGUUUUCUAGUUUGCGCGCAAGGAGACUCAGGCUUGCUGCAACAGAGGCGGGCCUUCAACUGAUUUCCUCUCUCGUACAGAAUGCAAAAGUGGCGGCCAAUACACGAGACCUUAAGCAGCGCCAGCUAGAUGCAGAGAGGAAAAAGAACCGCCCCAACAGAUCCAUCGCAAAGUCACUACACGAUGGCCUUGGAAAUGCACAGAAUAGCAUCCGCAACACAGAGACAAUGAUUCAGGGUGCCUUCAACAAGUUUUUUACCCAUAGAUUCAGGGAUAUUGACCCUUCCAUUCGAUCAGCCUGCAUACACUCGAUCGGACAGUGGAUGUGCGAUCUUCCACUGUUCUUUCUUUCAGACUUCUAUCUGAAAUAUUUGGGUUGGUCCCUCAAUGACAAAGAUUCUCGUGUUCGCCUUGCUGCCAUUUCUUCACUACUCCAUGUAUACCAAGCUUCAUCUGAAAAUCUCGCCUUAAUGGACACAUUCAAUGCUCGUUUUAUCGUUCGAAUUUGUGAAAUGCUCAAUGAUGCAGAUUCUCGUGUGGUUGCGAGCGCAGUCAAAACUCUGGGAGUUCUACAUGGCUCUGGUGUGCUGUCUCGCCAAGAUAUGGAACCUGUGGUGACCCUUCUCCUGGAUGAGGACGCUGAGAUUCGUAGUGCAGCCGCAUCAGUGAUACCAUGCAUGGUCCGCUGGGAAGUUUCGCGUGAUGCGGAUGUUCCGACUCGUGGCUCGCUUCGAGGUGAAAACGAACCAACUGACAAGGAAGUGCGCUUCUCAACUCUACUUGCAAUUGUUCGCAUGACUGCGGAUCUUUGUGACAGCCGUGCACGAAUUGCGAGUGUCGUGGAUUCCCUUUGGACUACCUAUCAAGACAUUUUUACUGAUUGGAAUUUGAUGUUCUCUAUUCUUUUGAACGACGGGACAGAUGAUUUUGAGCAACAUUCCUUAAAGUCAAAUGUUUGUCUUAAUAACAGCCACGCCACUGCUUUGUCAAAUGUAUUGAUUUGCUCUGUGCGUCGUGCAAGAGGAGAAGAACUUGUUAAGUCUGAUAGCAUUUGUGGUCAUCCGAUGCACUUGCUUUCGAAACGGCAGGUAACAAGAUCACAGCGCGAGGCUCAGUGUCAUGCACAUGAAUUAUUUACGCAAGCUUCAAUGAUUUUGCUUCCUUCCGUCAUGUGCAAGUGGAAAUCAGAUGAACAGGUUUUGGUGCCGCUCAUUGAAGUCGUUCAGCAUCUUAAGCUUGAACAUUAUUCCCUUAGGCACAGAGAGGAAGACUUUGGAGCUAUCGUCAAGUUCAUUACUGAGAUGUUUUUUCUACAUAGCAGUAAACGAAUCAUGGAUGCGUGCAUGGAUGUACUGUGCAAGGUAAUUGGAGAAGGGACUUUUCAUUUUCGUGAAAUGUGUGCUCAAUGCGGCAAGGACGUUCUCUCAGUUGUCGCCAAAAGAAUAGGCGAGAUCGUUGGAUCUGAUCGGAGUGAGCACGCUCGUGAGGUCACGCAAAGCAAAUUUGAUAAAUCAAGUGAAGAGAACCACGUAACACCACCAAAAGGAAACGAUGAGUUCGAUCACCUUCAAAUGCAGAUUGCACUCCUGCGCUUGAACUCUUGUUUGUCAUUUAUUUUAUUGCCUAUCUCGUUGACAGGCCUUGUCUCAAAAUAUGAUGAUAUUCACAAAAAUCUACUAACUAUCAUUUCUGAUGUUGUAAAUGUACCAUCGCACUUUCGAGCUCAUUCUGCUGCACUUGCCACGCGGGCUGCGGCGAUGCUGUUGGUACAACGUGUCGUUUCAGCUGUUGGUGAAACACCCGAAAGCGACUUUGAUGUCGGCAAAUACACCACGAUGAUUGCUGACUUCAUGGAAACAGUUGCUGCUGCUUGCCGAUCAUUGAUGGAAAGUAACACAUGUAAUCGCCUACUAGUAAAGGCUUUCGCGGCAUCUGUCACAAAUCUUGUUGUCUACUCACAAUUUGUCAUACAAUCACCCACUGCAGUUGAGGAGGGACUUGUUGGCGGGCUUCAACUUUGCAUACCGGACAGCACACUACGCACUGUCUGGGAUGCGUGCAAUCACUUGAUCGAUAUUCCGCAUGAAGACAUUCAUUGUCUUGAUUUCCCGACUCGUGAAAGUGCCAGUGAUGAUGAAGAGAUGUCAAGAUCAGCUUACAGUUUGGCCAUGUGUGACAUCGCAUUGCUGAACCAUGGAUUUGUUGCCUCAGAGCUGCUUGCAAAUUUGGGACAGUCGGGACACUGGACUGACUGCGCUCUCAGAUCACUUAUGACAGACCUUCGUUUCUUGGGACCACAUGCAACUGCCAACACAAUAAUGACUUCCCUUGCGUCAGCUUUUGAAGAGGUGAAUGCAGCAGAGUUGGAAAACAAUGACGGGCUCGUGGAAGCAUUUGGUGAACUUGCGCUCCGCUUUGCAGACAUGUUCACCGUUGGGAGUCACCGAGACCGAAUGGUUGUGAGAUGUAUUAUUGAAGAGGGGCUCAAGUAUGUUGUGCCGCACGCAUUGCCUCAUCCAUCCAGAUUACAAUUUCUUUCACUUGGCCUUGGUCCUUUUGUUGCCAAACUUGCUUCCGGUGAUGCAAAGGCGUUAGUGCAACCAUUGACAGCAGUUGUGUCUGUGAUAGAGGAAGAUGAUGAUCUGUAUGCACCGCUUUUUGCCUUCAUUAAAGUCGUGGCGACUCGUGCUCGGGGAACCAGUUAAAACCUUGGCUGUUAACAUUGACACAUUCAACACGUGAAAAAAUCUUUGCAAGCAUAACAAGAAAACGAUGUCGAAUUGUCCGUCACAUGAAGUGAAGACAAAUGUAGACCGUAGUUGCCGAGUGGUUUGGAGCUCUGUUUACUUAUGAUGUUGAAGUGUUGCUUGGAAUAAUACUGGAAUAAUGAAUUAGUGAAAACAUAUCUUUUUCCCUGUGCACUUUUUCCAAGCUGCUGACAUUUAAAUAACAUCUUCGUCAUAAACUAACUGUAAUAAUGACCCUGAUGAACGCAAUGAACCUUGCCAUGCAUUACCUCGCGUUGCUUGCUUGCCGCCCAGGAGUGGAUUGGUCAAAUAUCAUACCUUCGUAUUUAGAAUAAAAGCAACUAAAACUUUAAUUUC